CAUAUCCAAAGACUGCAGUGUGUGUACUAGCAUUGGUGCAGAAAUGGCAGCAGCUGAAGAAGUCACCCCUACCACAGCAACACCAAACGCGACCACUUACUGGACAGGUGGUUUUGCUGAUGAUUAUGACGGUUAUGAUGUGGACUACCAAGACGAAAUGUGUAACGCGAGCGCCCUGUUGGACUUUGUCAAGAUCUCCAGUCCGCUCUUCCUCUCCACGGUGGCGGUUCUCGGCCUGACGGGCAACGUCCUGGUCGUAGCGAUUGUGCUGAAAUACGAGAAGGUCAAAUCCCUCACCAACGCCCUCAUCCUCAACCUGGCCGUGUCGGACCUCCUCUUCGCGGCGGCGCUGCCCUUCUGGGCGUACUACGACGCUUGGGGCUGGGCUUUGGGGGAGCGCGCGUGCAAGCUGGUUAGCUUCGUGUUCGACGUGGGAUUCUGCAGCAGCGGCCUGCUCCUCAUCACCAUGACGAUCCAGCGCCACGUCGCCGUGCUCAAACCGCUGUCCCGCCUCGUGUCAGCGGCGGGCGUCCACAGCCUGCUGGCGUCUAUACUCAUCUGGUGCGCCAGCGUCCCGGUGUCCGUCCCGGCUGUCGUCCUCACAGUGGUCGUGCAGCAGAACGGCCAGAGUCACUGCGAAUACGACGAUUCUGUCAGCAGCUUGUGGGGAAUCUAUCAGCAGAACGUCCUUUUCGUCCUCAUCUCAGGCGUGUUCCUCUUUUGCUACCCUCGGAUCCUGUGCAGGCUGCUUCGUCCUUCGGCGAGGAGACGCAAGAACAAAACCUUGAAGUUGAUUUUCACGCUCAUGCUGCUCUUCUUCGUGGGCUGGGCUCCGUAUAACGUCACGCUCUUUCUUAAAUCUUUACGUUUCUGGUCCCAAACGCCCGUGGACUCUGAGACCAUGGCGGAGCACUGCGCCAGCCACAACCUUCUGGACUUCACCUUUUACAUCAGCAAGCUUUUGGCCUUCUCGCACUGCUGCCUCAACCCCGUCCUCUACGUGUUCGUGGGCUCCAAGUUUAAAAGUCACUUGAAGAAGAUGAUGGGGUGUCAGCGUCGCAGCGACGGCGGCGGUGAAGGCGGGCGACGGAACCGACUAGUCAUCACAUCCCUGUCUAGCGGCGACGACCUGUGCGUGUAG